CAUGCUGGCCUCAGGGCUGCUUCUGGCAGCUUUGCUGGCAUGCCUGACCGUGAUGAUCUUGCUGUCCGUCUGGCGGCAGAGGAAGCUCUGGGGGAAGCUGCCCCCUGGGCCCACCCCCUUGCCCUUCAUCGGGAACUAUCUACAGCUGAACACAGAGCAGAUGUACGACUCCCUCAUGAAGAUCAGCGAGCGCUACGGCCCGGUGUUCACCAUCCACCUGGGCCCGCGGCGCAUCGUGGUGCUGUGCGGACAGGAGGCAGUAAAGGAGGCGCUGGUGGACCAGGCUGAGGAUUUCAGCGGGCGUGGCGAGCUGGCCACCUUCGACUGGCUCUUCAAAGGCUACGGCGUGGUGUUCUCCAGCUGGGAGCGCGCCAGGCCGCUGCGGCGCUUCGCCAUCUCCACGCUGCGGGACUUCGGCGUGGGCAAGCGCGGCAUCGAGGAGCGCAUCCAGGAGGAGGCGGGCUUCCUCAUAGAGGCCUUCCGGGACACGCGCGGCGCCUUCAUCGACCCCACCUUCUUCCUGAGCCGCACGGUCUCCAACGUCAUCAGCUCCAUUGUCUUCGGGGACCGCUUUGACUACGAGGACAAGGAGUUCCUGUCGCUGCUGCGGAUGAUGUUGGGAAGUUUCCAGUUCACAGCCACGCCCACGGGGCAGCUCUAUGAGAUGUUCUACUCAGUGAUGAAGCACCUGCCAGGGCCGCAGCAACAGGCGUUCAAGGAGCUGGAGGGGCUGAGAGACUUCAUAGCCAAGAAGGUGGAGCGGAACCAGCGCACGCUGGACCCCAACUCCCCGCGGGACUUCAUCGACUCUUUCCUCAUCCGCAUGCAGGAGGAGAAGAAGGACCCCAAGUCGGAGUUCCACAUGAAGAACCUGGUGAUGACCACGCUCAACCUCUUCUUUGCGGGCACAGAGACCGUCAGCACCACCAUGCGCUAUGGCUUCCUGCUGCUCAUGAAACACCCGGAUGUGGAGGCCAAGGUCCACGAGGAGAUCGACCGAGUGAUUGGCAGGAACCGGCAGCCCAAGUUCGAGGACCGGGCAAAGAUGCCCUACACAGAGGCGGUGAUCCACGAGAUCCAGAGAUUCACAGACAUGAUCCCCAUGGGCCUGGCCCACAGGGUCACCAGGGACACCAAGUUCCGGGACUUCCUCCUCCCCAAGGGCACCGAAGUGUUCCCCAUGCUGGGCUCUGUGCUGAAAGACCCCAAGUUCUUCUCCAAGCCCCGGGAAUUCUACCCCCAGCACUUCCUGGAUGAGAAGGGGCAGUUUAAGAAGAGCGACGCUUUCAUGCCCUUUUCCGUCGGAAAGCGCUACUGUCUCGGAGAAGGCCUGGCCAGAAUGGAGCUCUUCCUCUUCUUCACCACCAUCAUGCAGAACUUCCGCUUCCGCUCUCAGCAGGCGCCCCAGGAUAUCGACGUGUCCCCCAAGCACGUGGGCUUCGCCACGAUCCCGCGAACCUACACCAUGAGCUUCGUGCCGCGCUAGGCAGGGGCGGGGCUAGCAGGAGGGCGGGGCUGCGAGAAGGGGCGGGGCUGCGGGAGGGGCGGGGCGAGGGCCAGGGCCUGGGGGUCGGCCUUGCUGGAGAUGCGCGCACCGCAUUCUAAUAACAGCACACCACAUUCUAA